AUGGGCCCAGUGAUCAGUGAGGUAGAGGACUUGGUGACAAAUGGCAUGGCGAUGAUUGAAGUCCUCAAUAUCGCCUUUACAUCAGUAAAACUGUGUCUUGCUGGAUUUUCCGGACAGUUUUGUGAAGUUGAAGUUAAUGAGUGUAAUUCAUCACCCUGUCUACAUGGUUCAACCUGUGAAGAUCAUGUCAAUGGGUACACUUGUCAGUGUCAAAAAGGAUGGGAAGGUUUGCAUUGCGAGUUAGAUGUUGAUGAGUGCAUAUCCAACCCCUGUAUACAUGGCAUCUGUGUCCAGAGUGACCCCAGUUUUGGUUAUUCCUGUUUUUGCAAGCCAGGAUUUGUGGAAUGUGAAUCCGUUCCCUGCAUUAAUGGAGGUUCUUGUCAAGAUUUGGUUAAUGAAUUUGCUUGUAUCUGCCUGACUGGAUACACUGGCAAGUUCUGUGAACUUGAUAUUGACGUUUGCAGCGAGCCUGCACUCAGCUCAGUACUCUGUCACAAUGGUGGUGUAUGUGUUGAUGGGCCUGGAAGAACUUUUCAUUGCAGAGCUGACUACCAGUGGGUAAGGGUCUCUUUCUGGAGUUCCCUCCUUUGGAGUUUUAUGAGAUACCAGUGUGUUUGUCUGCCUGGAUGGGAAGGAACAUUUUGUGAAUAUGAGUCAAAUGAAUGUGACUCAGAGCCUUGUAGAAAUAAUGGCACCUGCACAGAUCUUUUCAACAGCUAUCGAUGCUUGUGUACAGCAGGGUGGACAGGUCCAGACUGCAGUGAAGACAUAAACGAAUGUGAUUCCGAACCAUGCUUGAAUGGAGCUACCUGUUAUGAAUCUGUUAAGCAGGGACAGUUUGUAUGCAUUUGUCCUCCAUUUUAUACUGGUGACUUUUGUCAUCAGCGCUUCAGUCCCUGUGAACUGCCUUACAAUCCAUGCAUAAACAACUCAACUUGCCUGGCACAAGCUGAUGGAAAUCCCAUGUGCAUUUGCAAAACAGGAUAUGAAGGUACUUACUGUGAAGUUAACAGCAAUGAGUGCAUGUCCCAUCCAUGCCAGAAUGAAGGUCUCUGUGUGGAUGGCGUUAACAGUUACAGGUGCUCCUGUCAGCAUGGCUUCACUGGAACACUGUGUGAAGUGGAGAUUAAUGAAUGCUUAUCGAGACCCUGCAAAAACAGUGGGACUUGUCUGGACCUCAUAAACAGAUUCCUCUGUAAUUGUACACCUGGAUACUAUGGGUCUCUAUGUGAGAUAGAUGUAAAUGAGUGUGAAACUUUACCUUGCUUGAAUGGAGGAAGCUGCAUCAACAGGCUUGGAGGCUAUCAGUGUUUCUGUUCUCCUGGAUUCACAGGUAUUGAGAACCAUGACCAGGAACCAUUUAGAUAAAACCAAAUCAUUAUAUUAUGUUUCAAUCAGUCGUAGUGUUAAAUGGCAAAACAAAUGACUGCUGAGGGAGUGUUUCACUUAGCAGAACACAGCAUACUCUAUGUUAGAAAAGUUACCCUAAUGUGGUGCUUCUUUGUAUUUCUGAAGAGCAUAGCAGUGAUAGCAUCAUGGAUUUCUUAGGUUCUCUAAAGCUGUCUUUGCCAGCAAGCUGUCUUAACCUCAAAAGGAUUCAGAAAAGUAGAUGACUUCAUAAAAGCUAUUUUGUUCACUGAAGUAAAAUAGGCUAGUGUUCCCUGCUAAAAAUCUACUGGUUUUCUUAGCCAUUCUAUUGUUUAUUCCUAGUUUCUAAUGAAAAAAGUGUGUGGGGCAACUCUUUGGGUCUUGCCAAUUAUGUGACUUUGAUCUGUUUUAUUUCCCUGCAGUCACUCUAAAACAUUGUUCUAAAUUGCAAAAUUCUCAUUUGGCAUAAAUAGUAAAGGUAUUGUGCUACAGUAUUUAAAUGAAUCAAACAUGCUUGCUUAAGCAUAGUACUCAAAGCAUAACUGUAUUCUAAUACAUUUUUCUCAUCAGUAAUUAUUUCUUGUUAAUGUUUUCAAGUUUCUGUACCACCUUCUUGCCUGCAUGGAGUCUCAGUAUGUGUUUAACAUCAAUCUAAAAGGAAUAAAA